UAACAUCUAAUCCGCUCUCAUGAAAGACCUCCAACCGCCAUUUUUACAAAAAGCAAGUAGACGAGAUGUGUACUAGCAUCGUAUCUCUUGCUCUGAAACCAUCCAACACCUUCACCGCUCCUCUCUUCACCAACCAACAAAGAAAACACCAUCAACACCACUUCAAGCUUAAAAGAUCCCUUUCCAAAUUCAGCAACUUAAAUGAUGCAUUGCGUUCUCUUGAUUCGCGAUCAUCUCCAGAAUCUCUACAGACAUACUCUCUCCUCCUUCACGCCUGCAUUACCAAGCGAUCCUUACAAGAUGGGAAGCGACUCCACCUCCACCUCCUCUCUCGAGGCAUCCUCCACACCAGUCCUGCCCUUCAGUCCAAGCUCAUCACCAUGUAUGCCGUCUGUGGCUGCAUUGACAUCGCUCGUCGUGUGUUUGAUGAAUGCGUUGCCACCUGCUGCCGUAUCUCUCCAUCGGUGUGGUCGGCAAUGUUGAUUGCCUAUUCGAGCAAUGGGUUUGUUAAGGAAGCUAUCCAUCUCUAUGCAGACAUGCAGCGCCAGUCUGUUCCGGCGGGCAACUUUGCCUUCUCGGCCGUGCUCAAGGCCUGCUCUGAUUGUUCAAUGGAGUUUGGGCUUGGCCGAGCAGUCCAUGCCCAGGUAUUGAAAUCUGAAGACGUGCCGGAUCAGGUGGUGAACAAUGCACUUCUUAGGUUGUAUGGGGUGUUCGGGUUUUUGGAUGAUGCCCGUCGGGUGUUUGAUGCAAUGCCUGAAAGAAAUAUUGCUUCUUGGAAUUCGUUGCUUGCUAGCCUUAUUAGCCAGGACCGAGCAGUGGAGUGUCUAGAAUUGUUUAGGAUGAUGCAGGAUGAAAGCAUAGGUUUUAGUUGGGUUACUCUUACUACAAUUCUUCCUAUUUGUGGACGACUAACAGCUCUUUCUAUUGGCAAAGAGAUCCAUGCUCAGAUCAUAAAAGCAAGAGCAGAACCGGAUGUUCCUGUAAGGAACUCGCUCAUGGACAUGUAUGCCAAGUGCGGAGCUGUGAAAUUCAGUCAGGAGCUGUUUGACAAAAUGCUUGAUAGAGAUUUGACGUCAUGGAACAUCAUGCUUAUGGGCUAUGCAAUCAAUGGGCAAGUGAACAAACCAUUGGAGUUGUUUGAUGAGAUGGUCAAGGCAGACAUUAGGCCUGAUGGUGUCACCUUCAUUGCCCUGCUCUCAGGUUGCAGCCACGCAGGAUUCAUGGCCAAAGGCCAGAGCUUGUUUGAUAGAAUGGAGAGGGACUUUGAUGUUUCUCCAACCGUGGAGCAUUAUGCAUGCUUAGUUGAUCUCUUGGGUCGAGCAGGACAUAUCAAGGAGGCAUUAGGCGUGAUAGAGAACAUGCCCAUGUGCCCGAGUGCCAGCAUUUGGGGAUCACUGCUCAAUUCAUGCCAGCUCCACCGCAACCUUGAGCUUGGAGAAAAUGUGGCUAAGCAGUUGUUUGAGCUGGAGCCAAAUAACUCUGGGAACUAUGUGAUAUUAUCGAACAUGUAUGCAGCAGUGGGAAGAUGGGAAGAUGUUAAGGAGGUGAGAGAGAUGAUGGAGAAGAAAGGAAUUCGAAAAGAGUUGGGAUGUAGCUGGAUUCAGGUAAAGAACAGAGUCCACACAUUUGUGGCUGGGGGAGGUGUGGCAUUCCGCCAAUCGAUGGAAUUCAAGAGGGUUUGGAAGGAGCUAAUGGAAGCGAUGAAAGAUGCAGGAUAUGUCCCCAAUGCUACUGGCGUUGUGCUACAUGAUGUGGAUGAAGAGAUGAAGGCUAUGUGGGUCUGUGGGCACAGUGAAAAGCUUGCUAUUGUCUUUGGCCUCAUCCAUACAAGCAGUGGGAUGCCCAUACGGAUCACUAAAAAUCUACGUGUAUGUCCAGACUGCCACUCUGCAAUGAAGAUUAUUUCGAGGGUUGCAAAGAGAGUGAUUGUUUUGAGGGACACCCACCAUUUCCACCAUUUUGUGGAUGGAGAAUGCUCUUGCAGGAAUUACUGGUGACUCAUUGCUGGAAUUUUGAAGUUGUCUACUUCUAUGGGUCCGAACAUGGUGGAUCCCGCAGUGCACUGCUCGUCAGGUAAAUCACCUUAGAGUUUCAAAAUUGGCCUCUUCUGGUGGUUUCCAUUGAAAAGGCUUGAAUGAAGGGCAUGCCAUCGGUGAGUGUGUGUACUUGCACCAUCCCUCAUCUCUAUUGGAAAGAGUAGUUUGGAGCUGUAUAUUUUUAAACCAUCAUAUGUAUAUUAAUCAAUUUUAAAUCCAAAACCAGUCAUGAUUUUCACCAAUUAAUGGCCAUGUUUUGUAGUUAUUGACCCACUUAAAGGGAAAGAAGCAAUUCAUUCUUAAAUCAA